UUUUUGUGAUCUUCUAUCUUGUCUUUCUUUAGUUUUCCACACACUUUCUCAGGUUGGAGUCCAGCAUUGCCUGGGGGUUCAGUCUUCUAAUCUGCGUGUGUUUGAGCAUUGGGGUGUCGAUAAGAAGAAAACUUUGGAGAGUCCCAAUUAAGAUGAGACCUCAGAGAACUUCGAUCCACGCCAUCACCACAUGGGUGAGGCGACAACCCCCAAAGGUCAAAGCUUUUCUCUCCGUCGUUUCCGGCAUGGCGGCUCUCGUCCUACUUCGCUUCAUCGUUCACGACCACGACAACCUCUUCGUCGCCGCCGAGGCUGUCCACUCCCUCGGAAUUUCCGUCCUCAUCUACAAGCUCAUGAAGGAGAAGACUUGUGCCGGGUUAUCACUCAAAUCCCAGGAAUUAACAGCUAUCUUUUUAGCUGUUAGGCUGUACUGCAGUUUUGUCAUGGAAUAUGAUAUACACACCAUACUUGACUUUGCUACUUUCGCAACAACUCUGUGGGUUAUAUACAUGAUUCGUUUUAAACUGAAGGCUAGUUACAUGGAGGAGAAGGAUAACUUUGCAAUAUACUAUGUGGUGAUACCCUGUGCUGUGUUAGCCUUGCUUAUUCAUCCAUCAACUUCUCAUCAUUUAUUGAACAGGAUUUUCUGGGCCUUCUGUGUAUAUCUUGAAGCUGUUUCAGUCCUACCCCAAUUGCGUGUCAUGCAGAACACGAAAAUUGUUGAGCCAUUCACAGCUCAUUACGUAUUUGCUCUGGGAGUUGCAAGAUUCUUGAGCUGUGCUCAUUGGGUUCUUCAGGUAUUAGAUAGCCGUGGACAUUUGUUGGUUGCCUUGGGGUACGGUUUAUGGCCGUCAAUGGUUCUUAUCUCAGAAAUUGUCCAGACCUUCAUCUUAGCAGAUUUCUGUUACUAUUAUGUCAAAAGUGUUUUUGGGGGACAGCUUGUUCUUCGCCUUCCUUCUGGAGUGGUGUGAUUGAAGAUCUGCUUGGUGUGUACUCACAUUUAAAUUUUAACUUAAUCAGGCAUUAUGGUCGGUUACCCUUGUUAGAGUACAUUUUAUAUUGACACACUUGUUUGGUUCCUUGGUGGAGUGUAAAGUUGGGAAUGAAGGAAAACUAAAUAUAAUUAUGUUUAAAGUGCGGUUAUUGAUAAUUGGAAAUGCUUUAUACAUGCUCUCUAUUUGCUUAAACCCUU